AUGAUGUUUUGGGAGACUGUGCUCUUGGCUUUUUUAGCAUCUCUCUUCGCAACUGUUAUUGGUGGACUAUAUGCGAUAGGAGCCUUCCGCAAGAGAAAAGCCAAGGAACCACCAUUGGACAAAGGUUUCAUUCCAUGGCUAGGCUAUGGUAUAAAUUUCAAGAAAAACCCAGUGGAAUUUUUGGAAAGGAUGAAGAAGAAACAUGGGGAUGUUUUUACAGUGCUAGUUGGUGGCAAUUAUUUACAUUUUGUGAUGGACCCUCAUGCUUACAGUCGCAUCAUAAAGGAGUCAAAAGACAAACUGGACUUCAACACAUUUGCUUCUGUGAUAGUUUUCAAUGCGUUUGAUUUUCACACAUCAGAAUCUCAUCAUAAGAUUGUGCAAACAAUUAGCAAGAAGUAUCUCAAUGGGAAGAAUCUAGCUGUCCUGAACCAGGUUAUGAUGGAGAAAUUGGAGACUGUCAUGCUUCACAGCCAAGGUUCAGGCGGGAGAAAAAGAUCUUGGCAACAGGAUGGAGUCCUCCACUUUAGCUACAAAACCAUCUUCCAAGCAGCUUUCCUGACUUUGUUUGGCACUGAUCCAGACCAACAUGUUGCGGAGGAAGAAAAAGCUGGAGAAAACAACCUCAUGCAAUGUGGAGAGCUAUUUGACGAUUUUAAGAAAUUUGACAAUUUCUUUCCCCAAAUGGCUCUUAGCCUUCUGGAUCCUCUGGGCAAAAAAGAAACACAGAGGUUGAAACACAUCUUCUGGAAUGUUCUGUCUGUAGAAAAGGUUUAUCGGAAGAACAACAUCAGCAGUUGGGUCACUGAGCAAGAUCGCCAGAUGGCUGAAAUUGGAAUGACUGAGAAGAUGAGAGCUCAAUUCCUCUUUCUUCUCCUCUGGGCAUCUCAAGCUAACACCGGCCCAGCUACCUUCUGGAUUCUUGUCCAUCUCCUAAAAUAUCCAGAAGCAAUGAAAGCAGUGCGGAAAGAAUUGGAUAAUGCACUAAGAGAGAUUGGUCAAGAGAUAGAGUCAGACAGCCCCAUGAUCCAUGCCACAUUGAAUAUGAUGAAGACCCCUCUUCUGGACAGUGCAAUACAGGAAACGCUGCGCUUGAAAGCAAGUCCUUUUCUGUUCAGAAGUGUGAUGCAGGACACAAACAUUAAGAUGGCUGAUGGAAGAGAAUACGUCUUACGGAAAGGAGACCAUCUACUUCUUUUCCCCUACAUUUCACUACAUAUGGAUCCAGAAAUCCAUCCUGAUCCUCAGAGAUUCAAAUAUGACAGGUUCUUGAACUUGGGUGGCACCAAACAAGAAUUUUAUAAGAAUGGGAAAAAGCUGAAGCAUUACAGUAUGCCCUUUGGUGCUGGUCCCUCUAUGUGCCCCGGGCGAUUCUUUGCCGUUAGUGAGAUGAAGAUGUUUGUGAUCCUGAUGCUCACCUACUUUGACAUGGAACUGGUUAAUUCAGAAGAGGAGAUACCUCCAGUAGAUGGAAGCCGCUAUGGGUUUGGAACCACACAUCCUUCUCAUGAUAUUCAGUUUAGGUAUCGAUUACGAGUGUAACCUAGCUUUCAUAGCUUUCCAGCACAUGGGAGGGGAGGCUUUAAAGUUUUCUCAUUUCAUCAUGAAAAUUAUUGGAUUACAAUAAUUUUGACAACUUUUUGCUGCCUCAGCCACAUUCUCCUUCCCAGUCAUUUUAGGGGAUAAAUGGUCUAUUGUUUAAGACAGUCCAUUGCUUAGGGGAUAAAUGGUCCAUUGCUGCUCAUCCUCAUUUUUUAAUCUUAUGGUGAGUGGGCUGUUAUAGACCUACAGGAGGAAGCUUCUGCAUGAAAAACUUGCCAUAUAUUCCUAGCCUGGGUGGGUUCCUGAAUUGAGCUCCAGCCAGCCUGGAAUGGGAGCCUCCUAAUUCUGAUAUUAGGGUAAACAUAAGGAUAUUGAGGAGUAGGUACACUUAAUCUUUCUCAUCUAUCCUUUUUCCGUGGUGCUGCACAGACCUAGAGAAUCAGAAUCGGCUGGCUGUCAGCACCCAAAACUGGAAAUCUUACUGCUAUUUGUGAAGUCCAAAUUCUCUGUGCCGACAAUGAGAUGUGUUAUCUCAGUUACACAGAGGUUUAUUAUCUCUUUAUUAUUUUUGGCUGGCCGUAUUUCAUUUCCAAACUUCUAGGUGUGACUAUUUGAGUUCACUACCGAACGUUGCUUUUGUAUUACCUUAGUGAAGUCUUUCUGUUCUGCCAUAUUAUAAGCUAUUGGGGAUUCAAGUGCAUCAAUUCCCCUUUCCACCUUGAAUGUUUCUGUUUUUGUUUUGCAAACUAAUGCUUCAUAUUCCAUAGUUCUCAUACAGAGUACUACAUUCAUCUUUCCAAGUUGGGCUAUUUCAUAGUCUCCACUUUUCCCUUUUUAGUAUAGGCAAUGCCCCUGAGAGAGUAUAUUGUAUGUGUGGGUGGUUCCAUUUUGUUUCCAGGCUUGACCAUCCAAUUUCGUUGCUAACAUAGAUAGUGAUUGUAUAUUGUACCUAUUGUUGCAAAACAAAUUAACUGUGUUAAUACUGUGGAACUUUAGUACUGAAAUGGGCUUAUUGAUUAUGCUUUCAUUUUGUUUUGUUGACUGCUACUGGUUUUUCUGACUGAUUCACACUGAGUUCAUUUGGGAUAUUCAUUUAAUAGAUAGAGGCCAAACAGAGGUGAACCCAGCUAUGGUCCGUAUGCACCUGAGUAACCCAGAGCUCAAUGAGUCAUAAAUGUGUGGAGUCAUAAAUGCUAAUGAAUAGUCAUUAAGGGUGAUAGACUGAAUGCCAGAAUGAACAAGAUGUGGAGAUACAGAGAUACAGAUCUUUGAAAGACCCCAAUGCAGCUGGGCAACCCAUCAAUUUUGAAUUUGUACCAAGUAGGUCUCUGUUUAUUUUACUGCAGUAAUUUUAAAAGAAAGUGUUGCUUCCUUUUCCUACAUAUUUUCAAACACUGCAUUUUGUUUCCCCUUGGAGCCAACGUACCAAUAUUGCCCUUUGAAUUUUCAUUGCUUUCUAUUAUGCCAUUAA